AUGUAAUAAUAAUCAUGUCCUAAAAUUAUUGAAAUCUCAAUGAGCACUGAAAUUUUAGGGCGAUAUGCUUCUUAUAAGAUUCAAUUUAAUCAAAAUAUUAUUUGCAGAAGGUUUAAUGACUUUGUUCACUUUUAUGAUGUAUUACUUGCAAACUAUCCUGGAAUAUUUAUUCCUAGACUCCCUGAAAAAUAAGCUAUGGUAACGUCAUGAUGAAAAUUUUAGGGAAAUCUUGAAGAAGGCUUCCUUCGAAUUAGAAGAAGAAUGUUAUAGUAAUUCCUGAAUUCAUUAUUCAAAAGAUAAAUCAUAUGGAAUUCUCCUGAAACUAAAUAAUUUCUUAAUGAACAGAACUAAACUUGGAUACCUCUUAACAAUGAAAAUAUUUCAUUAGAAGAGAAAUAUAAAACUAAUCUUCCUGAUUGCUCAAAUGUAAUCAACAUAAUUAAUCAAAGCUAGAAAUUACAUUAGAUAUGAAAUGUUAAUUUAAUGAUUUUUAAUCAUUUUUAGUAAAAGUUAAGCCGAUGAUAGAUAACUUUAAAAAGAUGUGCAAUAAUUAUGUGACUGCCAAGACAAAUUUUAAUACAGAGAAGUUGAUUUUUGUGAAUUAUGUACUUCCAGAGUUUGAAAAGAAUUUAUUAUUUAAAAGUGAUAAGAAAUUUUUCUAGAAAACAAAACCUUUAGAUUUGAUGAAGAAUCAAAAAUAUGAUUAAGUUCGAAAAUCUUAGAGUGAUCAAAUUUUGAUCGAUCUAUAUAUAUUAGAGAGCGACAUAGAGGUGAUAAAAUAUUAGUAUUAUAUUAGUCUCAUGCGAUUUAAUUUGAUUAGAUAAGGAAGUGGGAGGAUAAAAUUAUAAGAUAUGAGGAUAAAAUAAGAUAGAGUUAGUUAGACUUAUAAUAAACAUUAAAUAAUUAGAGAAAUGCUGUUUCAAAGUUAUUUUUUGGAUCAAAAGACAAAGAGAUAUUAAGAUUGUAAAAUUAGAUUGAUCAUGUAAUAUGUUGAGAUGGUUUAUAUUAGUAUUGUAAGUAUAUAUAAGAGUUAAAGGGUUUAAUAAAUAUAA